GAUUCCAUCCCUACCUUCAUUGCGAUUCCAAUCAUCGGGAUCUACUCGAUCGUUAGGAAGAAUGACAGAUGGUGUGGUCCCAAGUGAUUUUAUAAAAGAUAAUCGAGUUGGGGAAAAUAGUGGGGUAGUUGAUAAUGAGGUUGAAGGUGAAAUUUCUAAAGAUGAUGAGCUUGAUGAUGAUGUACUUGAUGCAUACCUAGCUAGUGUCGAACAACAAGUUCUGCCUGCUGAGAAUUUAGGUGAAGAUGAGAUUUUGGGUGAUGGAUCAGAUGGGGACAAUGGGGAGGACAGUGAUGAUUCUGAAUUGGAGAGUGGUGAGGAAGAUGAUGAAUAUAGUGAGGUUGAUGAAGAUACUGUAAAUGAGGUUGGUCUAGAUAAUGAUGUCGUUCUAGAUGAUGAACAUGGAAGUGAUAGUGAUGACCCUGAUUUUGAAGUAGGCUAUGUUAGUGAUGAGUUACAUAGUGUGCAUUCUUCUGAUGAUGAGAUUGGGCAGAGACGUGAUAGAAGGAAAAUGCCAGAGUUUAAUACAAAUACUGAGAUGCAUGAUGUAGUGUUUGAGUUAGGGAUGAUCUUCACUUCCUUAGAUGAAUUUAAGCAAGCAAUCAUGGACUAUGCAGUGGCUAAUGGAAGAGAGAUUAGAGUUGAUAGAAAUGACAAGAAAAGAUGCCAAGUGAAGUGCAAGGAGGGUUGUCCAUUUAGAAUUUGGUGCUCCAAGAUUGGUGGUGAAGAGACAUACCAAAUUAAAACCUUUGUCAACAGGCACAACUGCAGUAGGACAUUUAUAGUCAAACAAGCUUCAACUAGAUGGUUGGCUGGAAAAAUUUUACCAAAGGUUAGGGGUGAACCAAGGGUCAAAAGCAUUGAUCUUGUUCUCUGGAUCAAAGACAAUCUGUCCAUCCAGGUUAAUAGAACACAUGCAUUUAGGGCUAAGAGAAUUGCACAAGAGAUGAUUGAUGGUACACAUAAAGAGCAGUAUCUGAGGCUUAGGGAUUAUGGUUCUGAGGUCCAUAGAAGCAAUCCUGGGAGUUCUUGCUUUCUGAACAUUGUUGACAGACCAACUCCAGACACACCAGCAGUUUUCAAAAGAAUUUAUAUCUGCCUUGAUGCUUUAAAAAGGGGUUUCAGGGCUGGGUGUAGGCCACUCAUUGGCCUUGAUGGUUGCUUUCUGAAGGGUAUGUAUGGGGGACAUUUAUUGACAGCAGUUAGCCAGGAUGGGAAUAAUGUCAUAUUUCCUAUUGCUUGGGCAGUUGUUGGUAAGGAAGAUGGUGAAUCAUGGACAUGGUUUUUGAAUAGAUUAAUUGAAGACAUUGGACCUGUGGAAGAGAACAGAUGGUCAUUCAUGUCUGAUAGACAGAAGGGAUUGGUGCCUGCUUUGCAAAGGUUAGGAGCUCGAAUUGAACAUAGAUUCUGUGUCAGACAUAUAUACAACAACUUCUCAAAGAGGUUUAAGGGGUUGCAGUAUAAGAGGCAACUCUACAAGUGUGCAAAAGCAACAACACACCAAGAAUUCCAAUUGGAGAUAGAAAAGAUGAGGAACUUGAAUGAAGCUGCUUAUAUUUGGUUGCAUGAUAUCACACCCAAUGUAUGGUGUAAAGCAUUCUUCAUGACACACUCAAAGAAUGAUGCAAUCCUUAACAACAUGUCAGAAAGUUACAAUGCUAAGAUCUUAGAAUAUAGAGACAAGCCCAUCAUAACAUUGUUGGAGGAAUUGAGGUUAGAAGCAAUGAAUAGGCAUGUCAAAUUGAGGAGGAAGAUGAGUAGAUACCAUGGAAGGAUAGUGCCAAAGGUUGCUGCUAAGCUUGAAAUUGAGAGGGCAAGUAGUGCUUACUGGACAGCACACUGGCCUGGGGACAAUGACCAUUCUGUCUUCCAAGUGACCAAGAGACCUGAUCAGUUUGUUGUUAAUCUUAGGGAUAGGUCAUGCUCUUGGAGGGUCUUUGACCUUACUGGCAUACCUUGUUGUCAUGCCAUGGCUGCAAUAGGGUAUGUCCAACGUCAAGCAGAGGACUUUGUGAAUGACUGUUACACCAAGGAAGCAUAUAUGAGUGCAUAUGAAUUUUCUGUGAUGCCAACCAAUGGAACAACACUGUGGCCAAGGGUUGGAGGUGAUCCAAUUCUGCCUCCCAAACAUAGCAAUGCACCUGGGAGGGCAAAGAAGAGGAGAAGAAGGGACACUGAUGAGCCAAUAACACCAAGCAACUUGAGAAGAAGAUAUCCAGUUGUCAAAUGCACUAAAUGUGGAGUGCAGGGGCAUAAUCGAAGGACUUGUAAUGGACCAGAUAGGAGGGAGCAAACCAAUGCACAUACACAGUCCUCGCAAACACCAGUUGGCAGAGGAGCAUCAACCUCACACCCUCUAGGUCCAACAAGAUGUGCACCUGUGCGGAACAAGCUUUGGGCAAGGAGGGCAGUAUCACAACAUACACUACAAGCUGCAACGUCAACUUCCAGAUAUUCAUCAAUUGUUACUGCAGCUCAAGAAGGGAGUAGUCCUUCAGGCAACAAUGCAGCAAACAAUGCAGAUCACAAUGAUUGGAGUUGGGCAUGAAGGUGGAAGUUCUUCAUUUUAUUUGCUACUUGUUAAUAUGGGAACUUUAAGUACUAUUAUGCUAAUGCGUUUGAGGACUUGUAUGUUCCAUUCCUGAAGAUUUGACAAGCAUCUACUUUUGUUUGGGACUAACUAUUA